AUGCCGAAUUCAUACGUUGUCCGCUCUCCUCCGAUGCUGAAUUAUACGUUGUCCGCCGAUGACUCCUCCGAUGCCGAUGCCGAAUUUAUCCGUUGUCCGCCCUCCUCCGAUGCCGAAUUUAUCCAUUUGUCGCCUCCGAUGCCGAAUUUAUCCGUUGUCCGCCCUCCUCCGAUGCCGUCCGAUAUCCGUUGUCCGCCCUCCUCCGAUGCCGAAUUUAUCCGUUGUCCGCCCUCCUCCGAUGCCGAAUUUAUCCGUUGUCCGCCCUCCUCCGAUGCCGAAUUUAUAUUGUAUCCGAUUGUCCGUUGCCCUCCUCCGAUGCCGAAUUUAUACGUUGUCCGCCUCCUCCGAUGCCGAAUUUAUACGUUGUCCGCCCUCCUCCGAUGCCGAAUUUAUCCGUUGUCCGCCCCUCCUCCGAUGCCGAAUUUAUACGUUGUCCGCCCUCCUCCGAUGCCGAAUUUAUCCAUUGUCCGCCCUCCUCCGAUGCUGAAUUUAUCGUUGUCCGUUGAAUUCCGUCCGCCCUCCUCCGAUGCCGAAUUUAUACGUUGUCCGCCCGCCCUCCGAUGCCGAAUUUAUCCAUUGUCCGCCCUCCUCCGAUGCCGAAUUUAUCCGUUGUCCGCUCUCCUCCGAUGCCGAAUUUAUCCAUUGUCCGCCCUCCUCCGAUGCCGAAUUUAUCCGUUGUCCGCCCUCCUCCGAUGCCGAAUUUAUCCAUUGUCCGCCCUCCUCCGAUGCCGAAUUUAUACGUUGUCCGCCCUCCCGAUGCCGAAUUUAUACGUUGGUCCGCAUUUAUACUCCAACCGAUGCCGAAUUUAUACGUUGUCCGCCCGCCUCGAUGCCGAAUUUAUCCGUUGUCCGCCCUCCUCCGAUGCCGAAUUUAUACGUUGUCCGCCCUCCUCCGAUGCCGAAUUUAUACGUUGUCCGCCCACCUCCGAUGCCGAAUUUAUCCGUUGUCCGCCCUCCUCCGAUGCCGAAUUUAUCCGGUCCGCCCUUCCGAUGCCGCCCGUUGUCCGCCCUCCUCCGAUGCCGAAUUUAUCCGAAUUUGUCCGCCCUCCUCCGAUGCCGAAUUCCGAAUUCGUCAUUGUUCGCCCUCCUCCGGAUGCCGAAUUGACCCAUUGUCCGCCCCCUCCGUGCGAAUUUAUCCGUUGUCCCGCCCUCCUCCGAUGCCGAAUUUAUACGUUGUCCGCCCUUCCUCCGAUGCCGCCGAAUUUAUCCAUUGUCCGCCUCUCGAUGCUGAAUUUUGCCGUUGUCGCCCUCCUCCGAUGCACCGAAUUUAUACGUUGUCUGCCCCUCCUGUUGUCCGAAUUUAUUCGCCGUUGUCCGACCUCUCCGAUGCCCGGGUAUCCAUUGUCUGCCCUCCUCCGAUGCUGGGACCGUCAUGUUGUCCGCCUCCUCCGAUGCCGAAUUUAUCCGUUGUCCGCUCCUUCGUGCGAAUUUAUACGUUGUCCACUCUCCUUCGAUUCCGAAUUUGAUCCGUUGUCGCCCUCCUCCGAUGCCGAAUUUUGCCUGGUCCGUUGUCCCACUCUCCGAUGCAUCGAAUUUAUCCGUUGUCCGCCCUCCUUCGAUGCCGAAUUUAUCCGUUGUCCGCCCUCCUCCGAUGCCGAUUAUACCAUGGUCUGGGCCCUUCUCUCGAUGCCGAAUUCCAUCCAUUGUUGUCCUCCGAUGCCCUCCCAUUUAAUUUAUCGUGUCCGCCCUCCUCCCGAUGCCGAAUUGCCAUUGUCCGCAACCCUCAUCCCGAUACCGAAUUUAUCGUUGUCGCCCUCCUCCGAUGCGGGUGCUCCAUUUGUCGCCUGUCCGAUGCCGAAUUUGCUUACCGUUGUCCGCCCGCCUCGAUGCCGCAAUUUUUCCGUUGUCGCCCUCGCUUCGGUAAUUUAUAUGUUGUCCGCCCUCCUCGAUGCCAGAUUAUACGUUGUCGCCCUCCUCGGAUACCAAUUUCGUUGUCCCGCCCUCCUCCGAUGUCAAUUUAUCCAUUGUCCGCCUCCUCCGAUGCCGAAUUUGUCCGUUGUCCAUAACCUCCUCCGAUGCCGGGUUAUCGGUAUCCGCCUCAUCGAUGUGAAUUUAUCAUUGUCGCCCUCUGUUCAAUUUGCGUUGUCGCCCUCCUCCCGUGCCGGGUGCCAUUGUCCGCCGCCUCGAUGCCGAAUUUAUGCAUUUGUCCGCCCUCCUCCGAUGCCGAAUUUAUGCGUUGUCGCCCUCACAUCGUGCCAAUUUAUGCAUGUCGCCCCUCCUCCCGAUGCGGGUAUACGUGCCUCCUCUGAUACCGAAUUUUGCCGUUCGCCCUCCUCCGAUGUCGAAUUUAUCCAUUGUCCGCCCUCCUCCGAUAUCGGGUAUAUUGUCCGUCUCCUCCGAAUUUGUCGUCCGCCCUCCUCUCCGAUGCCGAAUUUAUCCGUGUCCGCCCUCCGCCCUCCGAUGCCGAAUUUAUCCGUUGUCCGCCCUCCUCUGUUAAUGUUGUCCGCCCUCCUCCGAUGCCAAUUUAUACGAUGUCCGCCCUCCUUCGAUGCCAAUUUCGCCGUUGUCCGCUCUCCUCCGAUGCCGAAUUUAUACGUUUGUCCGCCCCUCCAUCGAUGCCGAAUUUAUACGUUGUCCGCCCUCCUCGAUGCGGAAUUGCACGUUGUCCGCACUCCUCGAUACCAAUUUAUACGUUGUCCGCCCACUCUCGAUGUCGAAUUUAUCCGUUGUCCGCCCUCCUCCGAUGCCAAUUUUAUCGGUUGUCCGUCUCCUCCGAUACCGUUUAUACGUUGUCCGCCCUUCUCCGAUGCCAAUUCAUACGUUGUCCGCUCUCCUCGUGCCGAAUUUAUCCAUUGUCCGCCCUCUCCAUUGCCGAAUUUAUCCGUUGUCCGCCCUCCUCCGAUGCCAGGAUGUCCGCCCUCCUUGUGCGCCGUUGUCCGCUCUCCUCGAUUCCGAAUUUAUCAUUGUCCGCCCUCCUCCGAUGCCGAAUUUAUCCGUUGUCCGCCCUCCUCCGUUGGGUUUGCCACGUUGUCCGCCUCCUUCGAUGCCGGGUAUACGUUGUCGCCCUCCUCCGAUGCCGAAUUUAUCCGUUGUCCCCCCCGAUGCCUCAGUUGUCCGCUCCUUCGAUUAUACGUUGUCCGCCCUCCUCCGAUGCCGAAUUUAUCCGUUGUCCGCCCUCCUCUGAUGCCGAUUUUAUCCGCCCUCCUCCGAUGUCAAUUUAUCCGUUGUCCCCUCCUCCGAUGCCGAAUUUAUCCAUUGUCCGCCUCCUCCGAUGCCGAAUUUAUCCGUUGUCCGCCCUCUCCGAUACCCGAAUUUGCCGUUGUCCGCCUCCUCGAUCUCCGAAUUUAUCCAUUUGUCCGCCCUCCUCCGAUGCCGAAUUUAUGUUGUCCGCCCUCCUCCGAUGCCAAUUUGCCGUUGUCCGCCUCCUCCGAUGCCGAAUUUAUACGUUGUCCGCUCUCCUUCGAUGCGAAUUUUGUCGUUGUCCUCCUCUCGUGCCGAAUUUAUCCGUUGUCCGCCUCCUCCGAUGCCGAAUUUUAUCCGUUUGUCCGCCCCUCCUCCGAUGCCGCCUCCUCGUGCCGGGUAUCCGUUGUCCGCCCUCCUCCGAUGCCAUCCAUUGUCCCGCCCUCUCCGAUGCCGGGUUGUCCGUUGUCCGCCCUCCUCCGAUGCCAAAUUUAUCCGUUGUCCGCCCUCCUCGAUGCCGAUAUACGUUGUCCGCCCUCCUAUCCAAUUUUACGUUCCGCCCCUCCUCCCGAUGCCGAAUUUAUCCGUUGUCCGCCCUCCUCCGAUGCCGAAUUUAUCCGUUGUCCGCCCUCCUCCGAUGCCGAAUUUAUUCGUUGUCCGCCCUCCUCCGAUGCCAAAUUUUCGUUGUCAGCCGCCUCUCGAUGCCGAAUUUAUCCAUUGUCCGCCCUCCUCCGAUGCCGAAUUUUAUCCGUUGUCCGCCCUCCUCCGAUGCCGAAUUUAUCCGUUGUCCGCCCUCCUCCGAUGCCGAAUUUACGUUGUCCGCCCUCCUCCGAUGCCGAAUUUAUCCGUUGUCCGCCCCUCCUCCGAUGCGGGUAUCCGUUGUCCGCCCACUCCUCCGAUGCCGGGUAUACGUUGUCGCCCUCCUCCAAUGCCGAAUUUAUUCCGUUGUCCGCCCUCCUUCGAUGCCGAAUUUAUCCGUUGUCCGCCCUCCUCCGAUGUCGAAUUUAUCAUUGUCCGCCCUCCUCCGAUGCCGAAUUUGUCCGUUGUCCGCCUCCUCCGAUGCCGAAUUUAUCCGCCUUGAUCCGCCCUCCUCCGAUGCCGAAUUUAUCCGUUGUCCGCCCUCCUCCGAUGCCGAAUUUAUACGUUGUCCGCCCUCCUCGAUGCCGAAUUUAUCGUUUGUCCGCCCUCUCCGAUGCCGAAUUUAUCCAUUGUCGCCCUCCUCCGAUGCCGAAUUUAUCCGUUGUCCGCCCUCCGCUUCGAUGCCGAAUUUAUACGUUGUCCGCUCACCUUCGAUGCGAAUUUAUCCGUUGUCGCCCUCCUCCGAUGUCGAUUUAUCCAUUGGGUCCGUCCUCCUCCGAUGCCGAAUUUAUCCGUUGUCCGCCCCCUCCGAUCGAAUUUAUACGUUGUCCGCCUCCCUCCGAUGCCGAAUUUAUCCAUCCGCCCUUGUCCGUCCGCCUCCUCCGAUGCCGAAUUUAUGCGUUGUCCGCCCCUCCGAUGCCGAAUUUAUCCAUUGUCCGCUCUCCGAUGCCGAAUUUAUCCGUUGUCCGCCCCUCCUCCGAUGCCGAAUUAUCCGUUGUCCGCCCUCCUCCGAUGCCGAAUUAUAUGUUCCGAUGCCGAAUUUAUUGUCCGCCCUCCUCCGAUGCCGAAUUUAUACGUUGUCCGCCCUCCUCCGAUGCCGAAUUUAUCCAUUGUCCGCCCUCCUCCGAUGCCGAAUUUAUUUGUCUGUCCGCCCUCCUCCGAUACCGAAUUUAUACGUUGUCCGCCCUCCUCCGAUGCCGAAUUUAUACGUUGUCCGCCCUCCUCCGAUGCCGAAUUUAUCCGUUGUCCGCCCUCCCGAUGCCGAAUUUAUCCAUUGUCCGCCCCUCCUCCGAUGCCGAAUUUCCGAUACAAAUUUAUACGAUGUCCGAUGCCCUCCUCCGAUGCCGGAAAUCCAUUGUCCGCCCUCCCGAUGCCGAAUUUACGUUGUCCGCCGAUGCCUCCGAUGGCGAAUUUAUACGUUGUCCGCCCUUCUGA